AUGGAGCAAACAGUCAUUAAAAAAGAAUUGGAAGAAGUUGUCGACGAUUCCGAAAGUAAUAUUUCGAUGAAUUACGAUAAACCAAGUACCCCUGCUAACCAUGAAAUGCCUUCAACCUUUGGGAUUGCAAUAAUACAAGAAAUUAAAGAAGAAUUUGAUGAUAACUCCAUGUUAUACCAUAAAUCAGGGAUGAAAGAAGAAUCAAAAAUGCUUACAGAUAAAGAAGACGAUUUUGAUGAAGCUGAGCAAGACAUACUGAAAUUUGAAGCCGAAGAUGAAGUGUUGGACGACAAAGGUGGAAAAUUAAUUAAAAUGACCAAACCACGAAACAAGUUGACCAACGAAGAAAAGCUUGAAGCUAAAAGACAAGCAGAACGUGAGAGACGCAGAAGAAUAAGAGACGACCCAGUAAAACAAAAAGAACAAAGCCGAAAAAAUCAUCAAAAAUAUAUUAAACAAAAGGAAAAAAAGAUAGUGAAGUCAAUUUCUGAAUUAAGUCCACGUGAGAAAAGAAUGCAAAGAAAGAAAUGGAAGAAAAAUUCGAAGGAGUACCGCGAACGGAAGAAACAAGUUCAUAGAUACGAAGAUAAAAUUGCUGUCCGAUCUCAAAUGGACCGGUCUAAUAGGCAUGCCCAUCUUACAAGAAGAAUAAACGCUAACAAAACUAAACGCCAUCUUAAAAAAAAACUUGCUGCUUAA